AUCACAGUCCCCAAGGACACUUGCAGUUCUACUUCUUCUCUCUGCCUCUCCAAUUCCAGCAAAUCCCAACUUUCAGUUUACUGCACACCAAAACCAAGACCUAUCUCAUGAUUUCUUUACAUAUUACUUAGCAUUUAAUCAUUUCUAUUUUCUCUCUUCUCUUCUGUAGAAAUACAGUAGCCAGAAAGAGAGUAACCGCCUGAGUUAGAGAGAGAGAGGGGAGGGCAACAGUGGCUUCAAUUAUGGAUGGAAUGUACGGUCUGUACUCAACCGGAGAGUACUCGGACGAAGCCUUGAUGACUCCGGACAAUCUGAUCCUUCCCUCGGAUUACCAUGGUUUUCUCGCCUCGGAUCGGAUUCCGCUUUUCGGAUCAGAUGAGCUAUUCUCCGCCGCCGCAUCUGCCAUAUCCGAGGCCGCCUCAUCCAUCACACCUGGAAUUCGACAGCAACAACAGCAGGAACCACGACAACGCGAGGAAGACACUUCCUACGGCAUCAUCAAGGCCAAAAUCGCAUCUCAUCCGAGCUAUCCUCGCUUGCUUCAAGCCUACAUCGACUGCCAGAAGGUUGGGGCGCCACCGGAAAUUGCGUUUUUGUUAGACGAAAUCCGUAGAGAAAACGACCUUUGCAAGCAAGACAUCGCUUCAACGUGCCUGGGAGCUGAUCCGGAGCUCGAUGAGUUCAUGGAAACCUACUGCAAAAUAUUGACGAAGUAUAAAUCUGAUCUAGCAAGGCCGUUUGAUGAAGCAACCACGUACUUGAACAAGAUUGAAAUGCAGUUUCGCAAUCUCUGUACAGGUGCCACCAUUAGAAGCGUUUCGGAUGAAGGUGACGUAUCAACGGAUGAGGAUUUCAGCGGAGGGGAAGUGCAUGUCCAAGAAUCUCAAGCGAGGGAUGAAGAGCGCGAUCUUAAAAAUAAGCUUCUCAGAAGGUUUGGAAGUCACAUUGGUUCAUUGAAGAUGGAGUUUUCCAAGAAGAAGAAGAAAGGAAAGCUUCCAAAGGAAGCAAGGCAAACCCUACUUGAGUGGUGGAAUGUUCAUUAUAAAUGGCCAUACCCUACGGAAGCUGACAAGAUAUUUUUGGCUGAAACCACUGGGCUUGAUCAGAAGCAAAUCAAUAACUGGUUCAUAAACCAACGGAAGCGACAUUGGAAUCAAUCAGAGAACAUGCAGUUUUCUCUCCAAGAUAAUCUCUCGGGACACUUUUUUCCAACGGAUAAUUGAAGAGCUAGCAUGUACAUUCUCCAUUAAUGUGGUAUAUACUAAUUUGCAUAAUUGGAUCCAUGUACAUACCGUGAUUCAAA